AUGGGGUUACGCGCGGGCGGAGCGCUGGGCCGGGUGGGCGCGGGCCGAGGGGCGCACGAGGGGCCAGGGCCGAGCGGCGGCGGCGGCGGCGCUCAGGGCGGCAGCAUUCACUCGGGCUGCAUCGACGCGGUGCACAACGUACCAAUGAGCGUGCUCAUCCGGCCGCUGCCUUCGGUGCUGGACCCGGCCAAGGUGCAGAGUCUCGUAAACACGAUCCAGGAGGACCCAGACAGCGUGCCCCCCAUUGACGUCCUCUGGAUCAAAGGGGCCCAGGGCGGAGACUACUUCUACUCCUUUGGGGGUUGCCACCGCCACGCGGCCUACCAGCAGCUGCAACGAGAAACCAUCCCUGCCAAGCUAGUCCGGUCCACCCUCUCAGACCUGAGGGUAUACCUUGGCGCGUCCACACCGGAUUUGCAGUAGCAGCUUCCUGGUCACCUGUUAUUCCCCCCACCACUUUUCAGGGCCCAGAAGACACACCUGGCCCCCAGCGGACUGAACAGGACAAAAGGUGUAGCCAGGAUGCAUUCUCUUUACACCUGGGGAUGGGAUCUGACUCUUGAUACCCCCUGCAUUAGCCACCAGGCCCACAACUCAUGCUGAACACUAUUUAGCACAAGUCUUCCAAUGUGUGUGAAAAUGGGAUCCUGGCCUCGUCACUGAAGGAGGAAAUGAGGAAGGUGAUGGGUUUGGAGAACCAUGUCUUGCACAUUCCAAGGUCCCAAGGACAGGCACUUGCUCCUUUUUGGCCUUUAGGCCAUCCUAUUGCUACACGGGCUAAGUAAUAAGAAGAAGCUUAAACAAGA